AUGGAGCAACUCAACUAUCGUUUUGUGUUGACUAUGGAUCUGACAGAAAACGCGACGUGGCUUCAUGUACCGUCGCCGGAUAAUCCUGCGGAUAUACUCUCGAGAGGUAUCACCGCCGACGAAUCAAUAGAAAAUCAGCUGUGGUGGCACGGACCGCCGUGUAUCGUCGAUAGAAAUCGAUGGCCGCGUCAGGAUCAAGACCGGGAAAUGCAAACGCCGGAGCUAAAAAUUGUGGCAACGGAGAAAACAAGAGAACGAGUGAUCGGACCGGUAACAACCAACGAACUUGAGAAGUCGGAAAAAACACUUGUCAAGAGGACACAGCCCCAAGAAUUUCAGAAAGAAAUUUUCGACCUUCAAGACGGACGAGACUUAUCGAAGAGCAGCAAGCUCAUCGCAUUCCGUCCCUUCUCAGACAAAGAAGGAGUUCUGCGCGUCGGGGGAAGGCUGAGACAUGCCGAGAUCGACAUAGAUCAAAAAAAUCCGGCGAUUUUGCCAUCAAAGCAUACGUUGACGAAACCUAUAAUUCGACAGGAGCACGAACGAUUGCAUUACUGCGGAACGGAGCAGUUAUUAAGCGCCCUCAGACAAAAAUUUUGGAUCUUGAGCGGCAGAAGAGAGAUCAAAAAGAUCGUGAAACGAUGCGUCCAAUGUUUCCGCUGCAAGCCAAGAGGCCAGGAAAUCAUAAUGGAAGAUUUGCCGAAAGCACGUGUCGUCGGAUUUAGGCGACCCUUUACCUGCACAGGGGUAGACUACGCGGGUCCUAUAAAAAUCAAAGAGAGCCGACGCCGCGGUAGAGUGCACGAGACCAAAGCGUACACAUCAGUGUUCGUGUGUAUGAGCACCAAGGCCGUACACUUGGAAUUAGUCACGGAACUGACUCCCGAAGCAUUUAUUGCCGCGUUGAGAAGAUUCACCGCCAGAAGAGGUAUCUGCAGCCAACUCUAUUUGGACAAUGGUCCGAAUUUCAUUGGAGCCAAUCGAGAGCUCAAGGACAUUCACGAGUUCCUUCGCAAAGAAGACGAAACUAUCACCACUCAUCUUGCAAAGCAGCAGAUUAACACGUACAGAAGCUACGACAGCAUUUCUGGAAACGCUGGCAUGUGGAGUACCUGCAAGAGCUACAGCGUAGACACAAAUGGUUCACCGGAGACGGCGGUCUUCAAAUUGACAAUUUGGUCAUCCUGA